GGGAGAUGAAAAAUGUGAACGUGUUUGCAUCUGCGCGACAACAUGGAUUUCAACCCCAUGAAGUUAGUAUUGAUUGGCAUCUUCAGCCUUUCAUAUUUGAAUAAUGUUGCUGGAGGCAGCACCGUGCAGACGACAGAGGACCACACUAAUCCUUUAGACAAUAUUUAUACCACAGACGUUACCGAUGCUGACGAUUCUCUGACAAAUACUAUUCCGCCUAUGCUGUUGGGAGGUUCGCAAAAUGAUUCCAUUUGCACAGGACCUCAAUGCAACAUUUCCCUCACGUGUCCUUCUAGUUACUGUAACAUUAACAACACGAACAACUGCACCGUAGAGGUAAAAGAUGGAAAAGCCGUCUACAAGUGUAAUUGUAACGACUCUUGGAUAGGCGACCAAUGCGAUGUGUUCGAUCAUUGCUCAAGCAACCCUUGCGAAAACAACGGUACAUGUGAAAUAAGUCAAAAUACCACUCACAGUUCCUAUAAGUGUCAAUGUAUGACGGGGGACCAAACCAAGAAUUGUCGACUUAAUGAAGCCGAUGACUGUACAUACAGGCCUCCUAUCUCAACAGAUGCUUUCAUAACGUGCAUUGACAGAAUAGAUGGACGUGAUUUAAUAUGUGCCCCUGGUCAUACCAACCCAACAGAUGGUUGUGGCGAUCGCGAGAAUCCGACCACUUUCUGCACGAAGUAUGGACAGAAUUGCGCUGACGAAGGCUACUGUAAGCCAUUCUGUAAUGUUGAAGUAUGCAAUGGGACUUCCAACUGCAAUUUCACCACUAAGCCCUUCCCAGAUACAAACACAACAGACGACUGCGAAAUGAGGUUUGCGGAUGGAUACACAGAAAAAAAUUGCUCGAGCGAGGACAAGCUGUUUGAUGGCAAUGACGACAUCGUGCACAAUUUGACAGACUGCAGCCCUUUCUUCGAUACAGUCUGCACGGGCAAAUUUGGGAAUGGCAUUUGUGACCCAGAAUGUGAUAAUGCCGACUGCCUAUACGAUGGUUGGUAUUGCACAGAGAACCACAACGACACUCUUGACAAACAGCUACUAGGGGGCGUGGUCAUCAAGUUUGCACGCCACCCGAAGCCUCUCUUCCAAUACAAGCUAUCCAUGCUCACCCGAACGUUCCUUAACGUAACUUUAGACAAGUCCGGCAAAACAGCGUAUAUGAAAGUGAGGGCGGAAAACUUCACGACUGUUGCUAACGUUACACGAUUCCUUGCUGGAGCGAUCGCUAAACUUCCCUACCUUAUUGCCUACGUCGCUGACGUCUUUGUAUGUGAAGCGGGCAUGUGGAACCCUUCAACCAAAUGUUCGAAAAAAUGCGGUAGUAACUGCUUACGGCAAGGGGAGGAGAUCUGUCACUGGGAAACGGGCGCUUGUCUUCAUGGAUGUAACGAUGGUGUCUAUGGUGGAACAUGCAGUAUGCCAUGUCCACCAGGCUGUAAGGAUAAAUGUUAUGUGAAAGAUGGAACGCCUCUAUGUAGCGAAUGCAAGCCUGUUUUUUUUCUUCAAACAUGCAACGCCACAUGUGACAUACACUGUCAGGGUAGGAUGUGUCAGUUCAGUUCAGGUACAUGCACGUGCUCUGUUGGAAGAGUUUGGGUUAACCAGACAAACAGCUGCCAGUGUCAACACGGUUUAUUUGGAAACAGUUGCACGGAGAAGUGUAACACCUACUGUAAAGAUAGUGGUUGCAACGAGGUUUCUGGAGCUUGCGCGAUAGGGUGUAUUUCUGGUUACUACGGACCUGAUUGUUCAAAGAAGUGUGUAGGCUGCGACAAUUGUGACGAAAAAGGAACAUGUCCAUUGAAACCAGACAAGAACACGGCACCUGUCAAUGAUGCGGGCAGCGACAACACGGGUUUGAUAGUGGGAGUGGUGGUCACCCUGCUGCUGGUCCCCAUCAUUAUACUGGUGGCAUGCUGUUGGCGCAUGCGCGGUCAGUCUGGCGAGUGCCCGAUGGUUAACGAUGACGGCGUAAUCAAAGACACCGCUCCUACCUCGGCCACUUUGGUAGCGACUGGUGCUUCCGGUAGGAAGCCCACCUCUUCAACAGCCGUGAGGUCUAAAGACAUCAUGAUAGAUAUGGAUAUCAUGGCCGCCUCCUCGGUGUAUGACGGAUACGAAUCAGUGUCGUUCAAAUCGAAGCCAGGAAAUAAACAGCCAGAAGAGUCCAAAGCUUUAGCGUCUGAGGACACCAUUCUGCCUGACCUUGGUCCGAGAAUGGCCGUUUCCUCUGAAAGCAGUGAGACCAAGAACAGAAACAAUUCCAGUCGGUCAAGCUCGAGCUGUAGGAAUAAUUCUUGGAACUCGAGCAUCUAUCUACUCGUCACGUGACGAGCCGUACAAAGAAAAGGGGCGGGAAGUUAAUAGGUGCAAAAUUAAUCUAUAAAUAGUGAGGACCUAAGGUAUAUGAAUAGUGCACUAAUAAUUGAACGAUAACUCCACAUAAUGUUUACUUCCCUUGCCGUACAUCACGCAAAUCACGCUGUGGUUAUAAAGAUCACGUGAUGUUAUUCAAAAAUGUUCUUUCAUUUGAAAUGUAUGGGGGGUUUUAACUUUGAAAACGAAUGAUUAUUAUUGGGUUUAUACUAUCACAGACGUCGUUGAUAUUUGUGAUGGUCUUUUCCCUAACCAACUAUUAAAUAGUACUUCCUCCAGUGAACGACGACUCGAAGUCUGAUAGCGUGGUAAUAGCGAUCGUAGUGGUGGCGGUUUGGGUGCUCUGCAUCUAAGUAUUUGUCGUCUGUAUCUGUAAAUCAGACUGUCAACGCGCGAAACGGUGGUGCCUGUGGGUAUACGUUUUGUACUGUUUACCCUAAUAAUUCAAUUCAAUAUAUUUUGUCCUUUUAAUGGAUUUUUUAAUAUAACUACAUUCAUGAGCCUGCGUUUACGUACAUUCGUUCGGAUCGUUUUAAUGAGUGUAACCUUGCUAUAAUAAUGGAUUCAAAUGAGUUGGGGGAAAUACUGGUUGUAACAACUUAUAGGAUUAAAAACACUAAUGUAAAACAUAAUAAUCAUCCUGUUUUCGCCUGAAUUCGUGGUUGGUCGUUAUUUUUAAUUUAGCUUUUACAUUGUAUAACCAUUAAUCCUAAGAAAUACUGCAUCAUGUAAAGCAAAUCAAUAUCCGCACAGGCGCAUGCGCGGUCAGUCUGGCGAGUGCCCGAUGGUUAACGAUGACGGCGUAAUCAAAGACACCGCUCCUACCUCGGCCACUUUGGUAGCGACUGGUGCUUCCGGUAGGAAGCCCACCUCUUCAACAGCCGUGAGGUCUAAAGACAUCAUGAUAGAUAUGGAUAUCAUGGCCGCCUUUUCGGUGUAUGACGGAUACGAAUCAGUGUCGUUCAAAUCGAAGCCAGGGAAUAAACAGCCAGAAGAGUCCAAAGCUUUAGCGUCUGAGGACACCAUUCUGCCUGACCUUGGUCCGAGAAUGGCCGUUUCCUCUUAAAGCAGUGAGACCAAGAACAGAAACAAUUCCAGUCGGUCAAGCUCGAGCUGUAGGAAGAAUUCUUGGAACUCGAGGAAAUCUAGCUCGAGCAGCUACUCGUCACGUGACGAGCCGUACAAAGAAAAAGGGCGGGAAGUUAACAGGUGCAAAAUUAAUCUAUAAAUAGUGAGGACCUAAGGUAUAUGAAUAGUGCACUAUUAAUUGAACGAUAACUCCACAUAAUGGUUCCUUCCCUUGCCGUACAUCACGUAAAUCACGCUGUGAUUAUAAAGAAAACGUGACGUUAUUAAAAAAAUGUAUGGAGUUUUUAACUUUGAAAACAUCGUGUUUUUUUGGAACACAUGAAUAUUGCAUAAAUAUGUGUUCAAAGACUAUUUUUCGAAAAGAAACUUAUAGAGCUGAAAUACAGCAAUGCUCAUACGUGUACGUGGUCUGCUCCUCAAUGGAGAUCACUGCGUUGGAAAGUGGCAGAUACGUUCAUAAAUACAAGUGCACACCAUAGUGUACAAAUGCAUACGACUAGGGACGGUGUAUUAACAUUAGCAAUAAACAUACAACAUAAUUAUGUACAAAAAAGUAACAAAUCAUUAUAUAAAUAUGUAUGAAUAUGUGUAUUGUUCCAUAUCCUCACUAAAAAUAUUGAUGUUGCACUGUAUUAUGCAAAUUGUAAAUUUGUGUCAUGGUGUGUUUAAUUUUGUUUGCUUUAUGAGCGAUGCAAUAAUGUGUUUUACUACUACUAUAGUUAUUGUCAUUAUAUAUUUCUAUAUAUAUAUAUGUAUCUCUACUUCCAAAAUAAUAUCACUGCAAUACUACCAACAUCACUAAAAUUCCAUGUAUUGGAAGAUAAUUGUCUCAAUUCAAGUAUAUAUAUAUUAAAUUAGGUUUGAUUUAAUUUCUAAACUCAGUUACCAUUUCUUUAUUUUUAUCUUGCGCUACUCUUAAUUUAUUGUGUAACUCAACUUAUUGUGUAUUGGACUUUUGUUAAUAUUUUUAAUGUCUGAUUCGGAUUUGUGUGUUGAGUGUGGUGAGAUAGUGAUAUAAAUUAUAUAUUCAAAAUAAAAACUAAAAUAAAAUUCAGGGGCCAGAUGUCUGAAAAUCAAUAAGUCAAUAAUUUUAGGGGGCCGAAAUGGCAAGCCCGAAAUGUCUCAUGGACCGAUUU